CGAGUAAGCGUUUGUACUAGAUCAGCUGUGGCCUGAUACCUUGGCUUCGUCCACCUCGAACUUGAUCAAUGAUCACAUCGACUUUCCUAGCCAGCCGAACUUCGAUGCAUUCUAUACCAACCGCAGACCCAAGUUGUGAAGUCAUCUCUUCCAUCGAGUAAUAGCAAGCAUCUGCAGGUCAACACGAAAUCGAAACAAUCGGACGUGCUCCUUUACACUCCUCAAGAUGGCUCAAGUCUUGAACGCACUCUGGUUCUACGUGCUGAACUCAACCUCAACAUUCAUUAUCGAGCUGCUUGGCACACUGAGCAUCCAACUGGUCGCGUUCUGGCUCCCGUCGAUGCUGCUCCUGAGCCUGGACAAAUGCUUUCCUUCGUUCUCAUUGAAGCAUAAGAUCCAGUCACGACCACCACCAACCUCUGCCCAGAUCCGCCAUUGUAUUUUGGUAGUCACACUGAACCAGAUGCUCAUGGCCACAGCAAAGAUCUUCGAGCUUGUCAUCCUACGUCCUCUCGCGCGACAUUCUUUCUAUCGCUUCGAUUCUGUCGUACCUUCUGUGACUGAGAUCACCCGCGACAUCGUCCUUUGCAUUCUCGGCUGCGAGAUCAUCUUCUACUAUUCCCAUCGCCUCUUGCACAUCAGGACUUUCUACCAAAGCAUACACAACCAGCAUCAUCAAUUCAAAGCUCCAAUCGCUUUUGCCGCCCAAUAUGCGCACCCACUGGAAUAUCUCUUCUCCACAAUUCUGCCAUUCUGGCUUCCUCCACAGAUCCUGAGCUGUCACAUCAUCACCUGUUUCUUGUUUUGGACGGUAGCUACGGUGGAAACGGUGAUUGCACACAGUGGAUAUGACUUUUUCACGGUUCUCUCAAAGAAACAUGACCUGCAUCACGAGAAGUCGAGAGUCAACUUCGGCACUUUGGGAUUCUUGGAUUGGCUUCACGGUACUGGCGCAUGAAACGGAUAUUUUGACAAGCAUGCACAGAUCUACUUACGAAAACAGUGGUUAGAAGAGCAGAAACUCCGAGUCAUCGUUCCCUGGCCGCUUAACGUUACGUCCUAAAUGUAAAUUAUAAAGAAGACAUAUCAUGAUAUUUGGAUAAGCUAAUCUAAACUAUAUAUU